CCCUUCGUUUUCGUCUAUUUUAUUUAUUUUGCGAUUAAUCCAUUUUAUUAUUGUUAUUUCAUUUUAACCUUUUCAAGGUGAAUUUGACACGCUUGUCUUAAAUUCGAGAAAAACACCUUGACCAAAGCGUGGACACAUACAAGAAUGACCAAUGCAGACGAGGAAUUCGACAGGGCGAGACGGAAGAGCCAGGGCCGCUUCCGCAGCGCCUUCGAGGCUAUUUUCGAAAAGUAUGGAAAAAUUGAUGAAGAUGACGAUAUCAUCGACCUGCGCACAGAAAAGAUAGUUGUCGAUAAUGGCAGAAUACGUGGCUUGGCUGUGAUCACUCUAGGAAGCCUGCUUAAAUACCCAGACUCACCUACCACACCGUUAGCUGCUAGCCGCAAGCGCAGAUACGCGUCGCCGGAGCUUGGCGAGUACAGUUCUAGCAGUGGCUCACUGUUGCCAGAACUAGUAACUAAUGUCGACAUUAUUCGCUGUAACCAGUCACCUAGCCCUGGCAUUACUCCUGAUGCCUAUGAGAGUACGCGUGUACAUAGCGUUUUUGGUCGCAGUUGCGGCAGAUCGCUGGAUCUAGAUUUCGCGCCAUACAUGAGCACUCCUAGAGGGGUGCGACACGGAAAUCAAGAAGACUCACCCCGACAACACAAUAGAACGAGCAGCAGGAAUGAAGACAAGGGAGCUGCGCUCAACUACGACUCGUCAGAAUCGCUGGCCACGGAUCAAGAAACACCUAUUGACUCGUAUUUUACCAACAGCAUUGAGCAUUACUUGGAUAAACUGCGCCAGCAGCUGUCGGCACCAAUUGCGAUUACCUCUGAAGGCGCCGAACAAUAUGAGAAGUCCCACAGUGAUGGCUCACAAGAAUCUGAUUUUGUUGAUAACAGCCAUGGCGACGUAUUAUCUGGAGUAUGGAACCACAACCGCGCAAACAAUGCAUAUGCUAUACUUUCUUCGCCGCACACCAUGUCACCACAUAGCCCUGGGCGGUGCAGGUCGCUACCAGGGAACUCGCCAUACAACGCGCAAUCCGAGAUUGAUGAAUUCGUAGUAUCAGAGACAUGUUCUCAGCAAUCAGGCAUAGACAGCGAGGAAGAGUCGGCAAGCAGCAUAGGCUCGUUCGAGUCUAUUGUUGAGCUUGAAUCACAACACUUGUAUGAUAUGGACCUGGACCUGGACCUACAUACGCCCCCAGGGCCUCCAACCAUUUAUGAAGACGAAUUUCCAAAUGAACCAUGCGUGUAUGAAGUUGGCGAUGGAGAUUACUCUGAAGAAGAAGAAACAGACGAGGCGUAUGCCUACAACCGAGGUACUUUUUGUGAGACAUCUUUGGACGCUUUGCACAGCUUUUCUUCUGUUUCUCAGCAGUAUAUACCGGCGCAUUUACGCCAGCCAACCUCUCUAACACUUCACUCGCAAGUGCCUAUGCGCGGAGAACGGAACAUCUAUAACAAAACCCCCUUGUGUAUGCAAAACCCAACGUUGCAUCGCAACCGGCAGGGGGAUUCUAAUCCGAAAUAUCAUUCGGAGGUUAUUCAGACGCAAAACACGCAUUAUGAAUCAGACAUGAAAUCCGCUAAUGUGCUUGGUACUGCGCCCAUGUUUACACGCAGCCCCAUUGUGCUCAAGCCUCACCCUGUUGCACCACAUGUAUUUUUCGAAUGUGAUGACAAACAACCUUGUGGAAGUCUAAACGAUUUUAAACACAGCCCGGACUCAAUUGGGUUUGAAGCGCCCACACCGCAGCAUCUUUCUGACGACUACAAGGACGGAGACAGCAUUCACUCCACUGAAUCAAUCUAUGAGGAUUCUCGAGAUUAUAAUUGGUCAUUAUUCGAUGAAAAUACCCAAGCAAGUCAAAACUUUUUUGUCAAAUAAAAUAAUCAUGUUUAAGUUAA